GUAUAAUUAAUUAUCUAAUCUUAGCAUUAAAAUGAAUGAAUUUUGAAGGAGAUCAAGUUUUGCUUUUAUUGUUUAAGUGUUUUCUUAAGUUUGUUUAAAUUUGGAUACCUUUUGAUUUAUGCAAACUAGAUCACAAGGUGGUCAAAACCUUUGUCCUUUAAACCAAGAACUCUCUAGAGAGUUAAGGAAGUUGAAGAAAGGCUCAUCCAAUCAGUUGAAAGAGUUUGAACCAGUGGAGAUAAACAUGGAGACCGGUGAAUCUAGCAACUCAGGCCAAAUGUCUCCCGGAGGAAGUAGUUCCCGAGCAAGCCCGAGUCAAGGAGCACACACGGAGGCUCAACCCAAUACCUCUCAAGAUCCAGUGGCACCGGUACGAAUACCAAUCUCUACCUCCAUGGAAAAUCCGAAUCUAAAUCCUUAUUUAGGAGGAGGAUUAGGUUUUCAAUUUCCACCGCAACUACAAGGGGCCGGGAUGCAAAAUUUUCCUCAUCUUUUGAACCCAAAUUUCUUCACAAACCCUAUGUUUGACCCAUACCAGAAUUUCCCUCAAAGAGCCCAACCCUACUUCUACCAAAGAGCACAAAAUUUUCAACCCAUGGCUACUCAUCUGGCUCCCCAAUUUGAAGAAGAAGAUUGCAUUGCCUAUCCCGGAAUCGAGGCCAAUAACUUUGAACUCAAGACUUCCAUGAUCAACUUGGUGCAAGCAAAUCAAUUUGGAGGUUCAAAGUUGGAAGAUCCUAAGGCGCAUAUCACCCAUUUCGACAGAAUAUGCCAAACUAUCAAGAUGAAUGGGGUGUCUAUGGAUGCAAUCAAGCUGUGAUUGUUCCCAUUUUCGUUGAGGGAUCAAGCUCUGAGUUGGCUCAAUUCCUUUGGGCCAAAUCAUUUCAACACAUGGGACCAGCUGUACAAAUCUUUCAUGCAAGAAUACUAUCCACCCUCCAAGGCUGCAAAAUUGAAGAAGCAAAUCCAGAAUUUCCAGCAAUUCGGAAGUGAAAAUCUGUACGAGGCAUGGAAGAGGUUCAAGGAUCUCAGGAGGCAGUGUCCUAGGAAUCUCCUAUCUCCUGGGGAUUUCAUUUCAUCUUUUUACGAAGGAUUGCUGGACAACUACAAGACAGUGUUGGAUACUUCUUCUAUGGGGGGAGUGUUUCUUGAUAUGACGCCCGAUCAUGGAGAGCAGCUGAUAGAAAGAAUCACAGCCAACACUGCGUAUUGGUACAAUGAAAGAGUCGAGCAACCAAGGAAAGAGAAAGCAGUAGGUAUGUUUGAAGUGGAUGAGAAGGUUGCCAUGCAAGCCCAACUGGAUUCGAUCCAACACAUGUUGAAAGAAAUGGUGUUGAAUAAGAAGGCGAAUGCUCAGUCA